GAGCUGGUUCCUGCCUCGCGCUCAUUGGUUGUUUCGGCUGAUAGAGACAGACACCUGACUCAAAAUCCACCCGCUACAAAAACCGAUCCAUGAAACCGUAAAGACAGAGCACGUAGGCAACUUCUUGUCGACAAGCUCGGACCUUCACAUCUCAAGAUGCUGGCCUCUUGUGCACUGGUGCGGGGACUGCAGUCUGGAUUUUGGAGGAGGCUGUCAACUUCAUCUGCUUCCUGGGCUGCGCACACUCACGAUGUUGAUGUGGUUGACUGCUCCGUUCCUCAGUACAACAACCGUCUGGACACACCAUUGCCAGAUGUUCCAUUUGUCCGAAAUCUCAAUGCCGAACAGAAGAAACUCAAAGAGAAAGAGAAGGGAUCAUGGACCCAGCUCACCAAGGAGGAGAAACUAGCUUUGUACAGACUCACACAUGAGCUGUCGUAUGCAGAGAUGAGGCAGGGUUCCAAGGAGUGGAUGACUGUCCUCGGGGGUAUCUUUAUCUUCCUUGGCUUCACAGGGCUGCUGGUGUGGUGGCAGCGUGUCUAUGUGUAUGGUGAUGUCCCACACACUUUGUCCGAAGAGUCAAUUGCCCAGCAGACGCAGAGGAUGAUAGACAUGAGAGUGAACCCCGUCCAUGGAUUCUCUCAUAAGUGGGACUAUGAAAAGAAACAGUGGAAAUAAGUAAUAAAUGCAUUCCGCCGUAAUGGUCUAAAAACGUAUCAGGAUUGCAUUAAAAAGGGGUUCCAAACCCAAUUACGCUGUGCAGCCGACAGCCUUAAAAUAUAUUCCAACGUGAAUCGAAAUAAAUGCACUGAAUUAAACCCUGA